AUGAAGCUUGACGCGACCGAUUUGCGUUAUCUGACGUCGGACGAAUGGCGCGUGCUUCGAGCAUUCGAGACGCUCUCGGCUCACUAUGAAGUAGUUCCCACCUCUGCUCUCUCAUCUGCCGUCGGAUCCCUCAACUCUUCGUCAUUGGCUAGGAUAGCAGGCGGACUAGCCAAGCGUAAUCUCGUGGCUAGGGUGAAGAAUGCGAGCUAUGAUGGCUUCAGGAUCACUUAUGGGGGGGCGGAUUGGUUGGCUGUGAAAGCGCUGAGGGAAAAGGGCCUCGAGGGUACAGGACCAAGAGUAGGCGUGGGAAAAGAGAGUGGUGGCGUCUCGACAUCGUUCGAAGAUCAUCCAGAAGCUAUCCUCAAGAUCCACCGAUUGGGCAGGAUAUCUUUCAGAGCUGUAAAGGAGAAGAGGGACUAUCUCGGCAAGCGGCAGAAUGCGAGCUGGAUGUACCUCUCCAAGUUGGCUGCCAAGAAGGAGUGGGAAUUCAUGAAUGCGCUCUACGCUCAUUCAUUCCCUGUGCCUCGACCUUUGGCCUACUCACGUCACGCCGUCCUGAUGACGCGCAUCCCCGCCUAUCCACUGCGCCAAAUCGCGACGCUGCCACAAGAAGCCAUUCCUUUGCUCUUCGAUCAGCUGAUGAAUCUCAUUGUCAGAUUGGCCAAGGCAGGACUGGUCCAUGGAGACUUUAACGAGUACAAUCUUUUGGUCUUGGAAAAGCAGUCUGAGGAUGAGGUGGAUGCGGAGAACACAACGUACAGAGAAGAGACGAAGAACGAGAGGCUACGCGAUGAGCGAGAAGAGAGUGUGACAGCGGACGGGGUGGUGGAGAAGGGAAACGGGUUUGAAAGGAUUGUAUCGCGAAACGCAUCUCACACUCCGUCUGAGGCGAACGGACGUGCCUGCGGGGAGAAUGAUGAGCAUGAGAAGCAAGAUGCCGGAGAUGAAGACUCGGACUUGGAUGGUUCGGGAGAAGAAAUAGACGAGACUGAGAUACACUUGCAAGAUGGCACGACGCUCUCCGCUGUCCUCAUCGACUUUCCUCAGAUGGUGUCCGUUGAGCAUCUGAAUGCCGAAUUCUUCUUCGAUCGCGACAUCGAUUGCGUCAUUCGGUUCUUUCACAAGAGGUUCAGAUAUCAAGUAUCGCGAGAGGACUGUCCAAAAUUCGGCGAUUACGUCUCGUCCGACAGAGCGUUCAGGCGAGCUCAGAAGGAGCGAGAGAGAGCUUCGAAGCAGAAUUCAAAUGUCGAGGACGGUAAUGGUGGUGCAAUGCCAGCGGAAGAUGAGGACGACCUGAUGCUGGAUGUCAUCACGGAUGCGAGCGGUCUUGCAGGACUCAUCAAGAGCCGGGAGCUGGAAGAGUACAUGUCUCGAUUGAACGUCAAAGACGAAGGAGCUCCAGGCGAAGGCGCGGAUCAGAGUGAGGAUGAAGAUCAAAGGGAGCAAACUUCGGAGACAGACGACGAAGACCAGGAAGGAGAAGAUGAGAAUCCUUAUGGACGUCGGACAGCCGUUCUCGAAGACAGGCCCCCCGAUAUGCAAGGGCCGGACAUUCCGAGCAUGUCUCGUCGACCACGUCAAAGGCGCCCAGGUAAUCAUCAUGCCGCAUCUACUCAUUCCGGACCAGCUUCCGCACGCGACGCUCCGCUGCCUUCUCGGGGGGCAGCAGAAAAGGCGCUGAAAGAGGGAGAUGAUCGAUUGAUUCAGCUCAGGAUUGCGGCGGAGAGGGAGAGAAGGCAGAGAAAGGAGUUGAAGCAUCAUGGCAAGAGUAAAAGGGGACCCAACACGGGACGCAAAAUGCCAGGUGGGAAAGCCAAAGGUGUUGCGGCGAAGAUUAGGGACGCUGAUGCGUUUUGAAGGAUGAGAAAGUGGAUGGCCUGCCCGUGUUGAUAGUGAUGACGCCAGGCGUGGCUACGCGCAGCAUGGCUCUGGCAUCCGAAUGACUUCAAACGCUCCCGCUCAGCCCUCUCCCUGAACCGCCCUGAUCCUCCAUUUCAUCUUGCCUAUUCGAGUGAUCAUGGCGGCAUCCGCCCUUCUUCGCCCCGUCUGCUGCAAUUCAUUCAUACCUCU